AUGUCGAAGAGGCAGGGGUCGGGGACAGGACUCUGGUUCUGGUCCGGCACGGGGAGUGGGUGUUCAUGUUGUCUCACGCCACGCCCCCGCCCCAGUAUUAACCAGUUCAGGAUGGCGAUCCUGGAGCGCACUGGUAAGAUGGAGAUGCGGAUGCAAGAGAUGACGGCUUCCUCCCAGCAGCAGCGGAGGCGCUGCAGGAGACCCCACCGCACACAGGCCGCCUCGGACUCCUUCGAGGAGCGGAUCGUGGCCCUGUGCGAGAAGAUGAUGUCUCGCUCCUCCUGGCUCCACUCUGACACCCUAGUCCAUGACAUCAGCUUCCGGGGCAUGACCCUGCUUCACCUGGCAGCUGCCCAGGGCUAUGCCCGGCUCAUCGAGACGCUCAUCAAGUGGCGGAACCUCAGUGCCGAGAGUCUCGAUCUGGAGCAGGAAGUGGACCCCCUGAACGUCGACCACUUUUCCUGCACCCCCCUGAUGUGGGCCUGCGCCCUGGGCCACCUGGACGCGGCCCUGCUGCUGUACCGCUGGAACGGCCGGGCCCUCUCCAUCCCGGACUCGCUGGGCCGGCUGCCCCUGGCUGUGGCCUGCUCCCGGGGCCACGUGGCCCUUGCCGCCCGCCUGGAGGAGCUGCAGCGCCAGGAGCCGAGCCCCGAGGGCGCCGCGGACAAGGGCUGGGAGCCGCCCCGCCCGGCCGAGGGUCUGCGCAUCCCCUCCCCGCCCUCCGCCAGCCCCGACACAGGGCUCAGCACGGUGAGCAGCGUCUCCUCGCCCUCAGAGCUCUCGGACGGCUCCGGCUCUGGCUCCGUCACCUCGGCCUACUCCAGCGCAUCGGCCCUGCGCGACUCGCCCGCCGGCAGCCCUGAGCCCGAGGCCGCCAUGGACUUCGGCCCGUCCCCCGAGGGCUGGUACCUGCAGGACCCCCCCAGCCCGCCCGGCCUGCGCUGCUCCCCCCGCUUCUUCAUGGACUACGAGGGGCCCCCCGAGCGGGAGCUGCUGGCUUAUGGGGAGAACGCGGAGAACGAGGGGUACCUGCCAGCCACCGAUGUACUCCAGGUGGUUAGAGCAGGGGGGCUGGGAGCCAGGACUCCUGGGUUCUCUCCCCGGCGCUGGGAGGGGAGUUGGGGCUGGUGGGUUAGAGCAGGAGGGGCUGGGAGCCAGGACUCCUGGGUUCUCUCCCCGGCGCUGGGUUCCCCCGCUGACCCCGCUGCUCCCCCGCAGUACGCCCUGUAUAAGAAGAUGACGCAGGCGGCCAUUCUGAUCCAGAGCAAGUUCCGCAGCUACUACGAGCAGAAGAAGUUCCAGCAGAGCCGCCGGGCGGCGGUUCUGAUCCAGCAGUAUUACCGCAGCUACAAAGAGUACGAGAAGCUGAAACAGGGGCACCGGGCCUCCGCCGCCAUGCAGCAGAAGAUGAAGGGCACUUUCCUCACGAAGAAGCAGGACCAGGCUGCCCGUAAGAUCAUGCGGUUCCUGCGUCGCUGCAGGCACAGGAUGAAGGAACUGAAGCAAAGCAAAGAGGUGGAAAGUUUACAGAAGCGAGGUCUGGCCACUUAGCGCUGUCCCUCUCUGCCCCCCGUGUUGCGUCCCCCUCCCUUUCCGCAGCCUGCCAAAGCCCGGGGCAGCCACGCCAGGAACCCAGACCUCCGGGGCCGGCCGCCCCCACCUUCACUCCCCUUCUGAAACUGUGACGACGGAGUCUUAACCCCCGGUGGCAACGGAGCGUGGCCUCCUCUGGGGGGGUGUCCGGGGCCCCCCCAUCUUAACAAUUGUGCAAUAGUUAGCAGCUGGAGGGGAGUGGAUUGGGAGGGGGGGGGCUGGCUCGCCACACACACCAAGGGGGCUCCCCUGAGUUGGCUUAAAGGGGAUGGUGCAGCCAUGCCGUGUGGUGGGGGGUCUCUUCAGAACUGAGGUACCAUCUGUUGUGCUCCCAUAUCCCUCCUCUGCCCCCUUCAUUUCACUGGAUCUUUGUGCCAAGUUACCCCUGCCUGGGCGGGGAGCCAGGACUCCUGGGUUGUCUCCCCAGCUCUGGGAGGGGAGUUGGGGCUGAUGGGUUAGAGCAGGGG